UCCGUAUCGUGAUGUUGGAUCGCUUGCCCGAUCAUCCGAAUAUAGAAUUGUAAUAUGCGGUGUGUUUGUGUUUUUAUCAUAUCUAUUUUAAUUUUGACACCUACCACUGCUGUCCAUUGGAUAGCUUUGUCGAAAUGGAGACACGGCUGGAACAAAUCAUCGCAAUGCCUGUAUGCCAAGAAACAUUAUCUUCUGAAAGGACGGCAGGUUUCACUUUGCCAGAAGCAUUUGGAAGUGAUGACUCAUCUCGUGUCUGCAGCGAAAGAAGCAAAGAAUGUAUGUAUGGCAGCCUUCAGUGAUAUGAGGUGGAAUUGCUCCAGUAUUACAAAUGCACCAUACCUUACACCAGAUCUUGUUAAAGGUACUCGAGAGCAAGCUUAUGUGUACGCUCUGGCUUCCGCUGCUGUGGCUCAACGUAUAGCAAGGGUAUGCAGUGACGGCUCACUGUCUACUUGCACAUGCGGUGCUAUUCCCCAUGAACCGCCCCACGGAGACUUCAAGUGGGGUGGGUGCGCUCACAAUGUAAAACACGGUCUGAAAUUUGCAAGGAAUUUCGCAGAUGCCCCAUGGCGACAGAAAUCUGUUCGCAAAAAUGUAGAAGCAGCAGUCAACAGACAUAACAAUCAAGCAGGAAGACGAGCUGUUCGCAGUAGUCUACAAACAGACUGCAAAUGCCAUGGAGUCUCCGGAUCUUGUAACAUCAAAACGUGUUGGAAAGCAUUGCCAAGACUAUCAGAUAUCAGUGAUAGAUUAAAAAGGAAGUAUUAUAUAGCAACCGAAGUAAAACAACGUCAGAUCGGAUCUAAAUACAAAUUAAUGCCAGUGAAUGGGAAACUCUCUAUGUAUCAAAAAAAUGAUUUGAUAUUUGUAGCCAAGUCUCCUGAUUAUUGCCUCAGAGAUGACAGAGUAGGAUCACUUGGUACUCAUGGAAGGCUUUGCAACAACACAUCCCAAGGAACAGAUGGUUGUGAUUCCAUGUGCUGCGGUCGAGGUUACAGGACUUUCACAAUGGAAAAGUUUAACAGAUGUCAAUGCAAAUAUUAUUGGUGCUGUUAUGUCAAAUGUCAAGUUUGCAGGACUUGGGUAAAUGCUUACGAAUGCAACUAAACAUGGAAAUAAGACAUUAAGAACAAUGAAGUAGAUAGGCAAGCCUAUUUGAGAUAUAUACUACAUCCGAUAGGUGUGACGAAAACAUCGGAACUAUAAUUAUUCGUUUCAAUUUUACAUGUAAAACAUUUUAUAAUGUGCCAUAUUUUGAUUUGAUAGAAAAAAAAAUCGAACGAAGCUUCCGGAAGUAUCGUAGAAUAAUUAACGAAGAACGGAAGAAAAUGUUUAGUAAAUUUUUUAAUAUAAAAUUUUACCAAACCAAUUGUUUGAAAAGUAAGAUUCCCAAGUAAACUAGUAAAAAGUAAAACUCUAGGCUAAUUCCUUAAUAUUGAAAUUAUUCAUAAUAUAAAAUUGUUCUUGUUAGUAACGUAUUUAUCAAAAUAAGAAUAUAGAAAAGUUUUUCAUAUAAAAACUAUUCCAUAUACUUAAGUAAAAGACAAGUUUCUAAAAACUUUAUACUAUCUGCUUCUGAUUUGGGAUAUGUAUAAAAACUGUUGAAGAACCACAUAAUCGUAUUCAGAAUAAUCUCAUCAAAGAAUUACUUUUGCAAAUCAUCAAAGAAUUAUUAUUAUUAUCAUAAUGAUUUUGAUGAAAUUAUAUGAUCUUUGAGCUCUAUUUAGUAAUUCCCAUUGUAAACGCGAAUUAAAA